CCCCAGCUCAUAGCUGCGCGACGCGGUCGCUGCGAGCCGCACGUCACAAGUGUGGCGGCUGUGCAGCCGGCGGGGCGGCGAACUGUCUGGCCUGUAGCCUUCCUCCUUGGUUGAGGAAAUGACCAACCAGUACAGUAUUCUCUUCAAACAAGAACAAGCCCAUGAUGAUGCCAUUUGGUCGGUUGCCUGGGGGACAAACAAGAAAGAAAACUCUGAGACGGUGGUUACGGGGUCCCUGGAUGACCUGGUGAAAGUCUGGAAGUGGUGUGAUGAGAGGCUGGACCUACAGUGGAGUCUAGAGGGACAUCAACUGGGCGUGGUGUCUGUGGACAUCAGCCAUACACUGCCCAUCGCUGCAUCCAGUUCUCUUGACGCUCAUAUUCGUCUCUGGGACUUGGAUAAUGGCAAACAGAUAAAAUCUAUAGAUGCAGGACCAGUGGAUGCCUGGACUUUGGCCUUUUCUCCUGAUUCCCAGUAUCUGGCCACAGGAACUCAUGUGGGGAAAGUGAACAUUUUUGGUGUGGAAAGUGGGAAAAAGGAAUAUUCUCUGGACACGAGAGGAAAAUUCAUUCUUAGUAUUGCAUAUAGCCCUGAUGGGAAGUAUCUGGCCAGUGGAGCCAUAGAUGGGAUCAUCAAUAUUUUUGAUAUUGCAACUGGAAAACUUCUGCACACGCUAGAAGGCCAUGCUAUGCCUAUCCGUUCCCUGACAUUCUCCCCGGAUUCUCAGCUCCUGGUCACUGCAUCAGAUGAUGGCUACAUCAAGAUCUAUGAUGUACAACAUGCCAAUUUGGCUGGCACGCUGAGUGGCCAUGCAUCAUGGGUGCUGAAUGUUGCAUUUUGUCCUGACGACACCCACUUUGUGUCCAGUUCAUCUGAUAAAAGUGUGAAAGUUUGGGAUGUUGGAACAAGAACCUGUGUUCACACCUUCUUCGAUCACCAGGAUCAGGUCUGGGGAGUAAAAUACAAUGGAAAUGGCUCAAAGAUUGUGUCCGUGGGUGAUGACCAGGAAAUCCACGUCUAUGAUUGCCCCGUGUAAACACCAGAGUCUCGCAGGCCGGUGUGCAGGUCAUGACAUUCCGUACCUCUCUAGCUUUAACAAAACAGAGUGUUUAUUGGAACAGAAGCUUAAAUUUUGUAGAUAUGGUAUCUGUUCAUACUUUAACAUAAAGUGUUCAUAACACAAA